GGAAACCAACAACCGCCCAAUUCGAACCCUUUAGCGAUGGCCGAUUCAAAGAAACGCAAGGCCAUCACUAAGGAUGUCGAUGAAGAUGCUGCCGUUGUAUCUGGCGACGAAUUUGACUUCUCUAACCUGGACGGCACCCUCGCUGACCAUGAUUCCUCCGACGAUGAUCAAAGCGACUCGGGCUCCAGUCUAGGCGAUCAGGACAGCGAUGCCGUCUCAUCAGCAAGCGAAGACGCUGUAUCAGAAGAUGGCGAUCAACUUCUAGUCCCAAAAGACCCCAAACAACACAAGUCUGUCGACGUAGCGGUCCCAAAAGAUGGCCAGGUGGAAAAAGGCGAAGCAUCUGAAGAAGACGAGGUCAACUACAAGAUCGAGAAAGAUGCAAAUGGCAAUGAUAGAUAUGUCUAUGACGAGAUUGAUCCAGGUGACGACUCAGACUACUCGGUCCUAGAUCAGGAUGCCAACACCAUCGGCGAUAUCCCCCUGUCGUUCUACGACUCUUACCCCCACAUCGGAUACAAUAUCAACGGCAAGAAGAUCAUGAGGCCCGCCAAAGGCGAGGCUCUGGACGCUCUACUGGAUAGUAUCGAUGUGCCCAAGGGAUGGACAGGUCUGACAGACCCUUCGACAGGGAAACCCCUACAACUUUCCAAGGACGAGCUGCAGCUUCUGAAGAAAAUUCAGCUCAAUGAAAUGCCGGUGGAUGGUUAUGACCCUUACGAGCCCACUGUUGAAUGGUUCACAAGCAAGCUCGAGACCAUGCCGUUGAGCUCGGCCCCUGAGCCUAAGAGACGAUUUGUCCCUUCCAAACACGAGGCUAAGCGGGUGAUGAAGAUCGUGCGCGCCAUCAGAGAAGGACGCAUCCUGCCCUACAAGCCGCCUCAAGAAGAGGCGGAUGCGGUUGAUGAAGAUGUUCAGAAUUUUGAUAUUUGGGCUGAUGAGCAGCCUCGACCAGAUCAUGCCAUGCACAUGCCGGCUCCAAAAUUACCCCCUCCCGGCUUCGAUGAAAGUUAUCAUCCUCCGCCCGAGUAUCUCCCAAGUAACAAGGAAAGAGAGGCGUGGUUGAAGGCAGACGAGGAGGACAGAGAUAAAGAUUAUCUCCCCACCGACCAUACCGCUUUACGGAAGGUCCCUGGAUAUGACCGAUUCGUCAAGGAGAAGUUCGACCGUUGUCUCGAUCUGUACCUGGCUCCCAGAGUGCGACGGACCAAGCUCAACAUUGAUCCCGAGUCUCUGCUGCCGAAACUUCCGAAUCCUGAUGAGUUACGACCUUUCCCUACCCACGAAGCUGGCCGGUUCCGUGGACACAAGGGUCGUGUCCGAUCGCUUGCAAUUGACCCCUCUGGCGCAUACCUUGCCACUGGUGGGGACGAUGGUACCCUUAAAGUCUGGACCCUCGAACCCCAGAGAGAAAUCUGGUCUGUCACUCUGGACUCCGAAAAUGCGGUCAACGCUGUCCGAUGGCGACCUGGCAAGGAAAGCCCAAUAUUGGCUGCCUGUGCAGGCGACGACAUAUAUCUGGCAGUGCCUCAUCUAGGUACAGAUACUGGAAUUGAACUUGAUGCAGCUCGUGAGCUGCUUGACGCUGGAUGGGGUUAUGCCGCCGCAGAAAACGCGUCAUCGAAGAACUCCAGUUUGAAGUGGUCAAGGCCGUCAGCCUCGCAGCGUGACAAAGGCGUUGCGAUCGUUAUACAUCUUGGCUACACUCCAAAAACUUUGUCCUUUCAUGCUGGCGGAAACUAUUUUGUGACUGUGUGUUCUGCAACCACUGUCCCAGCCUCGAAGGCCAUCGCUAUCCAUACCCUAGGCAAACAUCAGACCCAGUUCCCAUUCCGACGACGAUUGAAAGGCGGUGGAACACCACAGGUAGCCCAUUUCCAUCCCACAAAACCCAUACUUUUCAUCGCCAAUCAGCGUGUUAUUCGAGCCUACGAUCUCUCAAAGCAGUCACUUCUGAAGAUUAUUCAACCAGGAGCAAGAUGGAUUAGCAGCUUCGACAUACAUCCCACAAGCGCCUCAACAGCAGGCUCAGACAAUCUCAUUGUCGGGUCUUACGACCGAAGAUUACUCUGGAUGGAUUUGGACUUGUCGGCUCGCCCUUAUAAGACACUGCGAUUCCACGAGAAAGCUAUUCGAUCGGUGCGCUACCACCCUGCCAAUAAUAGAUACCCAUUGUUCGCAGAUGGCAGCGACGAUGGCAGCAUUCAAAUCUUCCAUGGGCAAGUCACGAGCGACAUGAUGAGCAAUGCUCAAAUUGUGCCUUUGAAGGUACUGAGGGGACACAAGAUUGUUGGCGGGUUGGGCGUGAUGGAACUUGAUUGGCAUCCUCAGCACCCAUGGCUUGUCAGUGCUGGAGGCGAUGGAACGUGCCGGUUGUGGGUUGCAUGAUGAACCGAUAAAUUUGAAUCUUGCGUAUGAAAAGCAGGCGCAUUAGUCACAUAUUCUGAAAUGCCCACUCAAUCUGAGUUA